AUGCCCAACAUCAAAGUCGCCUCGGAAAAGCGGAAAAGGGUACUAAAAGUCUGCAACACAUGUAAGACACGUAAGCAAAAGUGCGAUGGCCUAAUAAAUUGCAAGAAUUGCCGCAAGCGAGGGUUUCAAUGCGUGUAUCGGCCGAGUAAGUCCACCGACUCGUCAAGCGACUCAACUGCGUCUUGCUCGUCUUCAAGGCACGAUUUGGGCGAGCAAUCACCAGAAGCUGCCGAACACUGUGAUACACCAGGCACAAGCGGGAAAACAGCCGGCCAAUAUACUGUAAGAGAAUCAGCAAGUCCAGGGAAACUGGACGGUUUCCGCAUUGUUUCUACAUUAAGAUCCGAAGAAAUUGGAAAAUACACGCCCCCUCGUACAGAGUAUUGCCAGCAGCGAUAUCAAACCCUUGUUACAUUGCAUCUUCCGUUACUUGAACUUCCAGACUUUUCUGAUUGCUAUUCCACCGAAUCUUUCGUGGCCCUUGUCAAGCAAUAUCUGAAGCUAGGCUCUGGAUCUUCAAAAUUUACAGAGUCGUCGUGCAUCUGGUUUGGGCCACAGCAAACUAGCCCUGCUAGCCCCAACUCAACAUGGCCGCCUGAUUUGCCUCAUAUCGAUAUUUCGAGGUUGUUAGUGGACAACUAUUUCGCUAAUUAUAUUGACCAGGCUAAGACGCUUGGCCUCAUCAAUGUUGUAAGCCUCGACUCCGUCCAAGCUAUCCAAGCCACACUGCAUCAACCCUACAAUGGACCAAGCCAGGUGUGCAUCUCAGAUCUGUGCAUUAUCUAUCUGGUACUAGCAAUCGGGCUUGCGUUCGAGUCUGGUCCGACAGAAAGAGAUGUGCAGGACCCCAAUCUCAAAAAACAGUUUUUCGACACCAAUCUGAAAGAACAGUUUUUCGUAAGCGCUGAAGCAUUGCUUCCGCCAUUGAAAACAUACAGAAGAACAGAGAGCUGCAGUAGUGUCCCAUGGGUCCUCCAGGCUCUCGUUUUGAUGUCGUUUUACAUGCUGUGUGUAUGCAGGCGGCAUGAUGCACACUCUUACUGUGUUCAAGCUUUCGAAAUUGCUCACUCGUUCGGGAUUCAUCGAGGGAAAGAGACCGAAGUCGAGAGCUGGUCUGAUGCCGAAAAGAGAUCGAGACGAAAUGUCUGGAGAAGCCUCUUCGUUCUCGACAGAUUACUCGCUGCCACAUUAGGCAAGCCACUGGCUAUUAACCAAUAUACUGAUGAGUCUCUUAAACUACAGGAGGGGACCAUUCUCAACUCUGCAGUCGAUGCAUGCCGGAUUAUCGGUGAAACCGUCAAGGUUGUAUAUUCCAAACCCAUGACGAUGAAAACCGUGAAAGUUCUGAUAGGAUACCUGGACUCUGUUGCAGACGUCAAAGUCGACCUCCCGGCCCUUUCUGUGGAACAAGUUCGCGUCGACUCGUUCCGCAUCUAUGCUGACAUUCUUCUUUGCCGGCCAUUUUUUCUUCUCCGCCUCAUCGCUUCUAGGGAAGAACGCCGGGCUUUGGAUAAUAUCGAGCCACAAAUUAACGAGCUAUCCCAGAGAUGCGUAUCCGUAUCAAUCCAAGCAAUAAACAUGUUCAAAAAAGGCACGCGUUCCACUCCGCCUCUUCCUGUCGAUCCAUUUGUUCCGUGCGUUUUGAUCGAAGCGACAUAUGUACUACUUUGUAGUAUGUAUGCAGGCAUACAUUUGACAGAAGAACAUUUGUCACUGGUAAAAGGCGCAAUAGCCAUGUUGGAGACAGUAAAAAAAACGAACUCUUGUGCGGAGCAUUCCACUUCGGUGCUAAAUUUGUUCCUACAUGAUGUCAAUCGUCAGAAUCGUGCAACGAUCGUCAAGCCGGAGCUCAAGGGACAUGCAUAUGAAUCCAGCCAAUACCGCUCUCCUUUCUAUCCGCCAACACAGAGCGGUUUGGUACCGCCUUACGACAGUCGUCGAAGACCAGCAGCUGAUGAUCGUAAUGCUAUCAAACAAGAAAGCCAUGAUCAUCCAAACGCUUCCGCUUCUAUAUCUUUGUCUCCACACAUGGGCAGCACGUUUCACCACCAACCUUCAGUCGAAACCCCUCAGCAUUCGUGGCACAAUGAACACAGUGGUGAUAUGGAUCUCGACGGCUCACAAUGUGAGCGAUUUAAAUAG